AAAACUGCGAUGUGAGCACCAUGUUUGGCACCCGUAGAGCCCUACAAUCCCGGUUACGCAGCCUAGGAACUCAGUCUCAGCUGUCAUUGCGAUUCGAUCCCCAGAUCUCAAGAAGCAACAGCACUAUAACCCAUCAACCUGCACCUGAAAGAUCCAAGUGGCCGCGACGAUUGAUCUAUGCCGGAAUCUUUGGUGGCCUCGGCGUCACGGCAGGGAAAUGGAUGGACAAUAAGGUUUCUGCGCCGGUAGAACCCGCAACGCCAGAGGAUGUCCUAAAACUGGAGGAGAUUCGUCGAGUAUACGAAAAUGGGCUGCCUAUUGUGCAGGAGCUCCGAAACAAUCCGGACUACGUGGAAGCGGACGUGUAUGGGAAUUAUUCCGAGGAGGACAAGAAGCAGAGGUUUACAUCUGGUCCAUUGAGAGGGAGUCGGGGAUUAGCGCUACAGAAAGUCUUCUGGAACGACAAAGAGCGGAAGGCCAUUAGCGUUGUCUAUCUCGGGAAUGGCCUGGAAGGAUGGCCAACUGUUGUCCACGGCGGAGCUCUUGCCACUGUCAUUGAUGAGAAUCUAGGCCGUGUCGCAAUCCGCAAUUUCCCAGAGCGUACAGGAGUUACGGCAAACCUUGAGAUUAAAUACCGCGCUCCGGUAUAUUCGGGCAACUUCUAUACCUUCCACUCGACAAUUGAUCGAGUACAAACCACAGAUCGUAAAGCCUACGUGACGGGAGAAGUACGCGACCCGGUUGGAAGGCUUUGUGUUCAAGCAUCUGCUCUCUUCGUUGUUCCUAAGAAGUAUAAACUUGAGGAGAUUGGGGAGCAGUACUGAGAUGCAAGAGUCCCGCUAUUCCUAUCUGUCAACGGAUCUUCACCUCCAAGUUGACUCGAUGCUUUAGAUAGGACUGCCUUACAUAUACCUUAUUCUUGAGGCAACAAUUGGAUUCUGGAGCCAAGUAUAGGGGGAUUAGACAAUACGGUAGGGCUUUGCCCAGACGUGACGAACCUGUUUGAGUGACUUUCCCAGUUCACAGGCAACGUCAUUUAAUUCCACAACGCGCGGCAUUCUUUGUCUGUUUGUAUAUAUAUAGCAAUUUUGAAGAGAGGGAGGUUCACAAGACUAUAAAGACUCUCCCAUAGAGUGAAUUCACUAUUACGUGACUGUGGUUUGGGACGUCUAGUUUAUGUACUCCUUUGACAAGAUUCACAGGCGCCUUUGAGGCAAAA